CCUUACUCGUCGUCAGUGUUGGCUGAGCGAUCGUCCAAGUCAGAAGAAGAGCGUUCUCUUUGUUGGGGAGGCCCGUUUUCCUCUACAAUUCUGCAAGCACGAGUGAGACCAUUUAAUAACACGUCCGUCUCUCUCAUCACAUCAGUUGAGUGAAGAAUGGGAAAUUAUCAGUCUCAAAUAUUUCUACAUUUCGAACAAAUUCUAAAAUUCGGAAACCUUUCAUUGUUGCCGGUCUGACACUGGCUCAUUAUCGUAUAGAUUAUAAUAUUCUAAAGUUGGUAACAAAGUACUUGGCUCUUUUGGUAACUUGCCAAGUAUGAUCCCCUGAAAAUGAGACUGUGACAACGUAUUUUAAGACCCACUGCUUGUUACACCUAUCUUAUUUUGACCAUCAUUCGAUAUCAAGUGAUAAGUAGUAGUAGUAAUAAUAAUAGGAAUAUGUAAUAAUAGAGAUCCUCACUUGUUUGAGAAUUGUACUCCGUGUCCCCCAUCUGCAUCAGAGGAGCUCGUUAUUGGAAAUUGGUUGCCGCAAUUGGUUCAAUCGAUUCGCCCACCACUGUUGGGAAUACCACUUCUGUAAUUGUAUUGAUUGUGUAUUGUCCCGAUAGACGCGUUAUUAUUACUCUGUGACAAAGUGAUAAGAGGAAACACCUCCAUGCCAUUACCUGCUGUCAAAUAAGGAGCAGGACAAAAGUUGCACAAACAGCAGCCCAAUCAAAACUAUGCAUGCUUUUAUAACUUGCAAAGAUUAACCGAGUUUGUGAAAAUCUUUAUGAAUUUUUCGCACAACAACGUGGGGACUGCUAUCAGCGAGCAAGGAUCUUAACGUGCCUGCUAUAUUUUUGCUGCACUGUUAUAACAGAUGAUUGAUGGCCACUAUGAGACUACGAAUGGUCCACUCAUGCAUGGUCUUGACAGUAGUCGGUCUUCUUCUCGUGUAUUCCGCAUUCCUGACCUCACCCUCAUAUGUGGACUCGACUCUUGAUGGAGGUGAGCCACCGGCGGGGGGCUUCAGUAUUAACCAUACAUUGGUUCAAAGCAAGCUAUUAGCAAAUGCCAUAGCAGAAGCUGCAGGGGCUGCGAUUGUAUUGACGGAUCCGCAAUCACAGCCCACAGAUUUAAAAUUUAGUCAACCUCAAAAUGCUUCUCCGGCCUUGCCAAUAUCAGAGGUCAGUAAGACGAUUGCCAAUGGGAAGGCGGAAGCUGCCAUCGGUGGUUCUAACUCAAUAAUAGUCUCAAAUCAAAUCAAUCCCACUCUUCCGAACGAAGUUUUAACAAAAAAGAAAACAGUCUCGUCCACCAACGAUAUAAAAUCUGCUGCCUAUGUUCCUAAGAAUGCCGUGUGGACGAGAGAUAUUUAUGAGUCGGGGUUUUCAUAUCCAAACCCUAUGAUCUGUCCGAAUGAUGGGCAAGAUAUUCGAUUAGUCAUUUUAAUCUCUUCUGCUCCUGGCCACUUUAGCAGCAGAGAUGCAAUCAGACUUACUUGGGGCCAUUAUGCACAACGUUUAGACGUAUCCAUCGCCUUUAUAAUUGGAAAAACGGAGAACGACACGAUUCUAGAUGGAAUUGAGAUGGAGAAACAUCUUUACGAUGAUCUGAUUGUGGCGAGUUUCGUGGACUCUUAUGAUAACCUGACGCUGAAGACUAUGGCAUCGUUGGAGUGGAUUGACAAUUACUGCAAUCAGUCAGAGUACAUUCUUAAGACUGAUGACGACAUGUUUAUCAAUGUGCCAAAUUUGCUCAGCUUCAUAGACAAAACUGAGGGGGAUGACAGAAAGCAGCCCAAGUUGUAUGGACGACUGGCACGGAAAUGGAAACCAGUAAGGAAUAAGAAAUCCAAGUACUACAUCUCAUUCCAACAGUACCGCAAGACUGUCUAUCCUGAUUUUACCACAGGACCUGCUUACCUAUUCAGCACGCGUCUGGUUCGACCCCUUCUUGAGAAAGGAAUGACGAAAACUUACUUGAAACUCGAGGAUGUUUACACAACCGGGAUAUUAGCUCAGGAGCUCAAGAUAAAGAGGGUGAACAUUCCAGAGUUUGCAAAUAAGAAGGUCAAUUUUCACAAAACAGGCUUCUGCGCCUUAACCAGGCUCAUCAGCAUGCACAUGGUGGCGUACCAUGAACAAUUUGAACUUUGGAAAAAAAUCUUAGAUGGUAGAACCAAGUGUAAAAUAAUUUACACGAAUGCAAAAUCCAAGGCUGAUCCUAAUGCAAAAAAUAGUCAUAAUCAACCACCAGCAGCCGUGCCUCCACAGCCUGGCGGCGGCUCGUCGUCAUCAGCCGUCACCGUGACCAAUAGUUCCAGUUCCAGUAGUUCGAGCAGUAGCAGUUCUGCUGCUGCUGGUACAACAAACAAUAAUACGAACAGUGAUGGUGGCAGUAGUGGGAUUGGGGUGAAGUAGCGUUCGAAAGUUACAAGUGUAAAGUGUUUCGUUCAAAAACUAAACUUUUUUUAUACCUGAGCAGGGGAAGGAAGAGGACAAAGUGAGAAAGUGUAGGUGUUAAGUGACUUUUGUUACAUUCCCAAGAGAAUCGAGCUGACAAUAAAAGUUUGAUUCAUUUUUUCUGUCGCAAACCUUAGUUCUACUACCCGACAAGAGAAAAGGGACGAAGGGAGAGAGUAAGUGAUGAUAAAAAUGCUUAACCGUAAUGGAGAACAUGAUGCGGGUUGACACAAGGCGGUGGUGGUGGAUGAGAUCCUCCUCCUGUGUAUACACUUGAAACAUCAAAGAAAUCUACAUUCCAUACACACAGAUUUCAAACAUUUUAUCCAACUUCAUUGAAUAAAUUGCCAAAACUUUGGGAACGCUGGAAAUGUAGUUUCGGCAAGAACUCAUCUAAAGUUUUUGAGAAUGGCGAAGACACCAACUUUGUUCAAUGCAUUAUUAUCAAGAGUCUCCAGUGGAAUGCACUUUCUUCAUCCUGAAUACAAUACUACACAGUGUUUUCCCAGCCCCAAUGUCCUUACAUACUUGUCACCUGGAAAGCAACCGAGCUGGGUAUCGAGGUUCAGAAGAAAGGAGGAAAGUGCUUGAAAGUGGGGAGGAUAGAAAUAAAAGAAUACUUUCACAUUUCAUCCCCAAUCGAAACCCAUCGGAUCAUGCAACUUUGCGACGACAAUAAUGAUCCAGUCUAAUAUUCUGCCAUAUUUCAUCAUGUAGAGACUAAGCAUUUCCUCUCCUUUGGUAAUAAUAUGUAACAAUAUACAUAAUUGGGCAAGUUAUGUAAAAUUAUAAUCACUUUGUUAUCAAUAUUACAUAUACACAAGUCUGAUUUUGUUUACAUCACAAAAAUUAUUCAUUUAACGCUCUCUUACAUUUGACUGAUUAUUAUUCGCAAUCUUCCUCUCAUGCAAAAUUCUCUUGUAGGCUUAUUUUUAUUAAUUUACAAAACCGAGUAAAUAAAAGGGACAAGAAGUGUGACAUUCAGUAAUGUAAGUUUAAGAAAGGCCAGUUUAAACAAAAGCUGGUGAAAUAAUAAGGUUCAUACUGCUAUGAAUAACCUUCACAUAGUGGUAGCUAAAUAUUGGGCUAUUUCACGAUUUAUGUAUGUAUAUUAGAAAUGUUCACCAUGUUGCUCAAUUUACUAGCACUUGUAGUAAGAGCUAUGAAUAGACAAUACAUUUAGAGUUUUAGGUGAGAAAACUGACACGAGGAGAAAAAUGCUUGUCACAUAUCUAAAAGUAGAUUACACAUACGAUUGAAAUUUUGUUCCAAAAGAAGAAAGUGGCCUUAUAAUAAAUAGUCGCGUGGAGACUGUGGUUUUCCCACACAGACUUUCUCCACACUCUUCCAAUUAAGAAACCGUCCACACCACAUCAAAAAAAAACACCAACAAAGGUGAUUGUUAACGUUGUUGUUGGUGGUGGUGGUGUCUCCAUAUUUGUUUUGCAAUCCAGUAUUGCGAGAAUAAUCAAGAGGUGAUACGUGUGUAUUUAUUACAAAUAAAUUAAGUGGAUGGUAGGUAUAUUAUUGUACCUUAUGAAACCGGAGAGGAUGGCAUGAAAGUGUUUCAUUUUAUGGCUUGCUGCUCAUCAAAGAGCGAAUUUGUUACGUAUAAAGUAGAAAAAGUAAUAAAGAACCAUCUCAACAAGAUCUAAAUCAAAAUAUUUUUAGAAACUUAAUAUUAUUGUACAUUACUACACUUAUGUAUAUUUAGUACGAGACCGACUGUGUAAAUAGCGUAGAUGAGUAUAGUAUUAUAUACGAUAGCAUAAGUGCAUACGAUUAAAUAGCUCUUUACUGUUUGCAUAAAAAUGAUUAUGUAGUCAUAUAGUUGCAUAUAUUAUAUGAUAUCAAGUGUAAGUUGGUGCCAUGAAAAAUGACUAAAUGUCACCAAUAAGUAAAUGCAUAAACUAGUUAUAUUACACCAAACUGUUAUUCGAAUGAGAAGAAUAAAGAAAGAAAAAGAA